AUGGAUUCUAAAGCCGCUCCAGUUACUCUUGCCAAAGUUAUCAAGGUCUUAGGUAGAACCGGUUCCAGAGGUGGUGUCACCCAAGUCAGAGUCGAAUUCAUCGAUGACUCUUCCAGAACCAUUGUCAGAAACGUCAAGGGUCCAGUCAGAGAAAACGACAUCUUGUGUCUUAUGGAAUCUGAAAGAGAAGCCAGAAGAUUGCGUUAA